UCGGCUCCAGGGGAGCCUGAGGAGCGCCGCGCGGCGCCCCAGCUGCGGCCGAGCCGGCCCCGCGCUCCUCCGGGGCCGCCAUGAGGCUGCGGGUGCGGCUUCGGAAGCGGACGCGGAGGCUGGAGGUGCCCGCGGCGGAUCCGACGCUGGGGCAGCUGCGCGCGCACCUGAGCGAGGCGCUGCCGAGCUGGGGCCUCAGUUCUGAUACCCGCUAUGCAGUUACCCUGAACAACAGAGACGCCCUCACUGGAGACGAAGAGACCUUGUCGUCGUUCGGGAUUGUUUCUGGGGACUUGAUAUGUUUGGUUCUCGAGGAUUCCAUGCCGGCGCCUAACUUGACUCCAUCCACAGAUUCAGAGCAUUUCUCCGUCCUGAGUAAUGACCAGCCCUCUCUGGCCACUACCGCCACCGAGGCCAGGAUCCCAGAGGAACAAGAAAGUGCUUCGUUCCAGGGACAGGCAGCCCAGUCUGGUGUCUGGCAGGAUGACAGCAUGGCAGGGCCCAGUCCGAGCGUCAUAGCUGAGUCAGAGGAAGAUGCCGUGGACUUGGAGGAGGGCCCUGGGUCCCGUCCCUCAGAGCCCAUGCUCUGCAGCGAGGCGGUGGAAGGGCAGGUGCCACACUUGCUGGCGACCCUGUAUCAGUCUGCCGGCUGCACCAGUGCCAGUGAUGCCCUGGUGGUGCUGAUCCAUGUCCUCAUGGUCGAGUCGGGGUACAUCCCUCAGGGGACGGGAGCCAAGGCCGUGUCCAUGCCGGAGCAGUGGAGGGUGAGCGACGUGUAUAAGUUGCAGUACACACACCCGCUGUGCGAGGACAGCUCUACUGUGCUCACCUGUGUGCCGCUGGGCAGCCUGACUGUCAUCAAUGCUAUCCUGAAGAUCAGCGGUGAGAUUAGAAGCGUGAAGAGAUUGCAGCUGCCGCCAUUGUCCUUUAUUUAUACAGAGGAGCCAGGGGAAAAUGCAGCCGAGGUAUACAAGGGUCUCCAGAAGUUCUCCCGGCUCUUCAAAGACCAGCUGGUGUACCCGCUCCUGGCUUUCACCCGGCAAGCCUCUUCCAUGUGGAGUAGUAGUGAUUGCUGCCCUUCGAGCACUUGUGACGCGUCAGCGCUGAACCUCCCCGACGUGUUUGGCCUGGCUGUCCUGCCCUUGGAGCUGAAGCUGCGGAUUUUCCGGCUCCUGGACGUGCGCUCCGUCCUGUCUCUGUCUGCGGUCUGUCGUGACCUGCUUGUGGCAUCGAACGACCCGCUGCUGUGGAGGUGUUUGUAUCUGCGGGACUUUCGAGAUGGUUCUGUCAGAGUUCGAGACACAGACUGGAAAGAACUGUACAGGAAGAGGUACACGCAGAGGAAGGAGGCACGGAGGGCGCGGCGCGCGGUGCUUCUGCCCCCCUGCCCCCACUCCAGCCCGUUCUGCCCCAGCGCCUUCCCCCCCAAUGCCUUCCCCCCCAUCCCGCUCCUCCCUCCAGGCAUCAUCGGUGGCGACUAUGACCAGCGGCCCACGCUGCCCUACGUUGGGGACCCGAUCCGCUCCCUCAUCCCAGGGCCCGGGCAGACUCCUGGCCAGUUCCCUCCACUCAGACCGCGUUUUGACCCGAUUGGCCCCUUCCCAGGACCCAACCCUAUGCUGCCAGGGCGAGGGGCCCUGGGUGGCAGGUUCCCCUUGAGACCCGGCCGGGGCCGGUCCUCUGACAGCCGGAUGUCGUUCAUGUGACGGGUGCAGCCUUGCAGGGCUCCUGGUUGUGGCAAGGAGAGCUGUGCCCUCAGAGCCCGGGGAGCUGCAGGUCCCAGGAGGGGGUGCCCAGGGCCUCCCUCUGGGGUGCUGGCUGCUGCUUCCCUGCCUGGUCCCCUCUAGGUGGAGCCUGUUAUAGCGUCCUGCACAACAUUAAACAGCAAGUGUCA